GCUACAAAAGAACAAGUUGAUAGUUUACGGGUGAAAGACUAUUCUUCUCCAGAGCACAAGCCGUUGAUGCCAGUGAAGGACCACUCUGUUCAGAACAACCCUGAUGCUACAAAAGAGACCAAUUUUAAGUCAUUGCUGGAACAACUUGAGAGUUUACGGGUGAAAGACGAUUCUUCUCCAGGUAACGUGGGCCAGUUGACAAAAGGAUAUUCCUCAAAAAAUUCUAAAGAGCCCUCGGAGCUUGUAGAGCCCCUGAUUUCUGUUCCAGAGCACAAGCCUUUGAUGCCAGUGAAGGACCACCCUGUUCAGGACAUCCCCAAUGUUGCUAAAUGGACCAAAAUGGUGCAAGUGGACCAGAUGCUGGAACAAUUUCAGAGGAUGAAAGAUGAUACUUUCCCAGGUAAAGCUAAAGUCCCACAGAUGAUUGUGGAGAAACGUAUUCCUUAUCUACAGGCUUACAAGCAAAAAGCAUUGCAAGGUGACAACAACGUCUUCAAAGAAAAUCUUCAGGCUCCAGCUCCAAAAGCUCAGAAGAGCACCCUGAAGAUCAAACCCAGAGUCAACAUAUUGACUGACCCUUCUUACUCCGAGCCACUUGUGAAGGUGAACCUGAUUUGGGGGCUCGUUUUCUAUGGCUUCAUCGUAAUAGCGGUUCUCUAUGAUGCUGUGAGAAUCUCCAAGGAGGCUAGAAGGCGAUCUGGUGCUAUUGCCACUGCCAGGUUGAAGAAAAGGGAACCAGCCACCGCUGAACCACAGACACUGGCAUCCAGAGUUCGGGAGAGCAUCUCUUCACGGUUUGGUUUGAAACAAGCAUCAUCCACACCACAGUGUGCCCCCAUUUCUGACGAUUCUGCAAAAGAGUUGCAGAAGUCAAAGGAGUUCAUCUCCACUAAGGACAAAUCUGAGUCGGAAAAGAGACCUGGAAAGAGUGCUGUCAGCCUGAGAGAGUGUGAGCCGCCUCUGCCUAGCAUCCCAGAUAACUUCCUUGUGCCUGACUCUGAGCCUGCCAUCCAGGUGGCAUUGAACCCAUUCGACACCAAGCUAGCCAAAGUUGUAUCUGACAAUGCUGAGGCAUCCAACUACGAGGCAACCGAGAAGCCCUGCUACACACAGUCUGGGCUCACUGAGGUUUGCGUCAAUUAAGACUGAGGACUACUUCUUAAACCAAGUGAUAUUGAAUAAAAGCUGCAGAUAUUAUAUCUCCAAAUGAGA